CGUGCAGCGCGGCCCAGGCGGGGUGCGAGUGGCGCAGUCGGAGCCCGCUGCGGCCCCUGAGGAAGCGAGGAGGCGUCAGCUGUGGCUGAGGCGGGCGGACUGGCGAGGCGAGGCGGCGGCUUUGGACCCCGAGAGACUCGAGAGGUCGAGCAGCGGUAGCACCUCUUCCCCCUCCGAAGCGGCGGGCGGCGGCGGCGGGUGAGAGGGAGCGGUGGUGCCCCCCCUCCCCCGCCCUGGGCACGGGGCCAUGUACAACGGGAUCGGGCUGCCGACGCCCCGGGGCAGCGGCACCAACGGCUACGUCCAGCGCAACCUGUCCCUGGUGCGGGGCCGCCGGGGUGAGCGGCCUGACUACAAGGGAGAGGAGGAACUGCGGCGCCUGGAGGCUGCCCUGGUGAAACGGCCUAAUCCUGACAUCCUGGACCACGAGCGCAAGCGGCGAGUGGAGCUGCGAUGCCUCGAGCUGGAGGAGAUGAUGGAAGAGCAGGGGUACGAGGAACAGCAAAUUCAGGAAAAAGUGGCAACCUUUCGACUCAUGUUGCUGGAGAAGGAUGUGAACCCUGGGGGCAAGGAGGAGACCCCAGGGCAGAGGCCAGCGAUAACUGAGACUCACCAGUUGGCAGAAUUGAAUGAGAAGAAGAAUGAACGACUUCGUGCUGCAUUUGGCAUCAGUGAUUCCUAUGUGGAUGGCAGCUCUUUUGAUCCUCAGCGUCGUGCUCGGGAAGCCAAACAACCAGCUCCUGAGCCUCCCAAACCUUACAGCCUUGUCCGGGAGUCCAGCAGUUCUCGCUCACCAACUCCAAAGCAGAAAAAGAAGAAAAAGAAGAAAGAUAGAGGACGCAGGUCAGAGAGCAGCUCUCCUCGGCGAGAGAGGAAGAAGAGCUCUAAGAAAAAGAAGCACAGGUCAGAAUCUGAAUCCAAGAAACGGAAGCAUAGGUCUCCUACUCCAAAGAGCAAACGUAAAUCUAAGGACAAGAAGCGGAAGCGAUCUCGAAGUACAACACCAGCCCCCAAGAGCCGCCGGGCCCACCGUUCAACUUCUGCUGACUCUGCUUCUUCUUCUGAUACUUCCCGCAGUCGGUCUCGAAGUGCGGCAGCAAAAACUCAUACAACUGCCUUGACUGGGCAAAGUCUCUCCCCUGCUUCAGGGCAUAAAGGGGAGGGAGACACACCUUCCAGAGAACCAGGUACCAUCCACACAGGGCAUCCCAGCAGCCCAGAGCCCUCUGCAAAGCAGCCUAAUAGCCCUUAUGAAGACAAAGAUGAGGAGGAGAAAUCUGCAGUUCGGCCUAGUCCCUCUCCAGAAAGGAGCAGCACAGGCCCAGAACCAUCUGUUCCCACUCCACUUCUUGUUGAGCAACACGGCAGUUCCCCACAACCCCUUGCAACAACCCCCUUAAGCCAGGAGCCAACGAACCCACCAUCUGAGGCUUCCCCAACCCGGGGUCGUUUACCACCUAAAUCUCCUGAAAAACCUCCCCAGUCAUCUUCGGAGAGCUGUCCACCAUCCCCUCAACCUACCAAAGUUUCUCGGCAUGCCAGCUCUUCCCCUGAAAGUCCAAAACCCACACCAGCUACUGGGUCCCAUAGAGAGGUUUCUUCUUCUCCUGUGUCCAAGAGUCGAUCACAUGGCCAAGCAAAGCGGGAUAAGUCACAUUCCCAUACUCCUCGUAGGGUGGGGAGGUCCCGUAGCCCUACCACCACUAAGAGGGGGCGAUCACGCUCUCGAACUCCUAAGAGAGGUCAUUCUCAGUCUCAAUCUCCCCAGUGGCAUAGGUCUAGAUCUGUACAGCGGUGGGGGCGAUCUAGAAGCCCUCAGCGACGUGGUCGCUCUAGGUCUCCUCAGCGACCAGGCUGGUCCAGGAGCAGAAAUACCCAGAGAAGAGGCAGGUCUCGAUCAGCAAGGCGAGGCAGGUCACACUCUAGAUCUCCAGCUACUAGGGGCAGGUCUCGUUCUAGGACACCAGCUCGGCGGGGCAGGUCUCGCUCUAGGACACCUGCAAGGCGCAGGUCACGAUCCAGAACACCUACCAGACGUAGGUCUUGGUCUAGAACACCAGCCCGGAGAGGCAGGUCUCGAUCUAGAACACCUGCUAGGCGUAGAUCUAGGACCCGUUCAGUACGACGGAGGUCUCGUAGUAGAUCACCAGCCAGGAGAAGUGGCAGAUCUCGCUCUAGGACCCCAGCCAGGCGUGGCAGGUCACGCUCUAGGACCCCAGCCAGAAGGGGCAGAUCUCACUCUAGGACCCCGGCAAGACGUGGCAGGUCACGCUCUAGGACCCCAGCCAGGAGAGGGAGAUCUCGGUCUAGGACACCAGCAAGACGGGGAAGAUCCCGUAGUAGAAGUCAAGUUAGGCGGGGAAGAUCUCACUCUAGAACACCACAAAGAAGAGGCAGGUCUGGCUCAUCAUCAGAGCGGAAGAACAAAUUCAGAAUGUCACAGAGAAGAAGCAGGUCCAACUCAAGCCCAGAAAUGAAGAAAUUGAGUGUUUCUUCAAGGCGGAGCAGGUCUCUCUCUUCUCCAAGAUCCAAAGCAAGAUCUCGAUUAGCUUUGAGGCGAAGCCUUUCUGGGUCCUCUCCAUGCCCUAAACAAAAGUCUCAGACAUCACCAAGGCGCAGUCGCUCUGGAUCGUCCCAGUCUAAAGCUAAAUCUCAGACACCACCAAGGCGAAGUCGCUCUGGUUCUUCACCACCUAAUCAGAAAUCUAAAACACCAUUAAGACAAAGUCCUUCCAAUUUGUCUCAGUCUAAAGUGAAAUCUGGAACACCACCAAGGCAAGGGUCUGGAACAAGCCCUCAUGUAAAUGAACAGUCUACAACACCACAAAGACAGAGUGGUUCUGAAACAUCACCUGACCCUGAGGUGAAGUCUAGGACUCCUUUGAGACAUAGCUGCUCUGGGUCAUCAUCUCCACAACCCAAAGAGAAGGCAGUAACAUCACCAACACAGAGCCGUUCUGGCUCUUCUUCUCCAAGUCCUAAUAGGGUGAUCUCUAAAACACCACCAAGGCAAAGCAGAUCGGAGUCCCCUUGCUCCAAAGUGGAAUCUAGACUGUUGCAAAAACAGAGCCGUUCUAGGUCCUCCUCACCAGACACCAAAGUGAAAUGUGUAACACCACCAAGACAGAGUCACUCAGGGUCUACUUCACCGUGCCCCCAAGUAAAGCCUCAGACUCCACCAGGGCACAGUCUUUAUGGAUCAAAGUCAGUAUGUUCCCAGGAGAAGUCUAAAGACUCGCCAGCACAAAGUUGCUCUGGAUCUUUGUCACUCUGUCUAGGAGUAAAGUCUAGCACACCACCAGGAGAGAGCUAUUUUGGCACCUCUCUGCAACAGGAAGGACAAUCUUACACUUCACUAGAUUCUAGAUCUGAUACUUCAAGUCCAGAAACAAGACAGAGUCACUAUGAAUCUCUGUCUCUGCAGAGCAAAUCUCAGACACCUCCAAAGGGUGACCAGUCUAGGUCUUCUCCAAUCAGUGAGCCUGCACCCAGAUCUCCAACAACACAAGAUGGAAGCAAAUCGGCAAUAAGUUCUAGACUGAAAUCUGGAAUGUCUCCUGAGCAUAACAGAUCCCAGCCUGAAUCUUCCCCAUAUCAUGCAGUGGACUGUAAAUCUCUUCUGGGGCAGGGUAGAUUGGAGCCUUCUCCUGAAUCAAUAAAGAAAACAGGCUUACUCCUUCAGGAGGAUGUUACUGCAUCAUCUAGAUUAAGUGAUAAAUUGAGUUCUUCUCCAGGACAGAAUAGACUUGAGUCCUUACCAGUACUUAAAGACGUACCUAGAACCCCAGUAAAAGAAAGAGGUAGUGUUGGGUCAUCUCCAGCUACAAAAGACCAAAGUAGCCCUUUAGCUAAGCCAAACCAAGAUGAAGAAUUAAUGGAGGUAGUAGAGAAAUCUGAAGAGUCAUCAAACCAGGUCCUGUCAUAUAUGUCUGCAGAGCUUGAAGAAAUGGCUGAAAGUCAUUUUGAAUCAUCUCCUGAAAUGGAAGAAAGGGCUUCUGUGUCUUUGACUCUUGAUCGAAGCCAGUUGUUGCAGUCAUCUUUGGAAGCAGAAGUCCCUGCAGUGGCCUCAACUUGGAGUGGGCCAAAUUUUUCUCCAGAACAUAAAGAACUGUCUAACUCCCCUCCCAGGGAGAGUAUUUGUGACUCACCUUUAGAAUUUAGAAACUCAGGUCCUGUUGUAGAAAUAAAUGCUGGAUUUUCUUCUGAGGUUAAAGAAGGUUUGAAUGUACCUAUUUCUAAUCAGUUGGAGACAGAUACAUCUCUCGACAUGAAAGAACAAUUGAUGAGGCCUGCUAGACACAGCAGUUCUGAGUUAUCCCCAGAUGCAGUGGAAAAAGCAGGAAUGUCUUCGAAUCAGAGGGUCUCUUCACCAGUACUUGAUGCUGUACCUAAAACACCCUCAAGGGAAAGAAGUAGUGCUGCAUCAUCUCCUGAACUUAAAGAUGGUUUACCCAGAACUCCCUCAAGGAGAAGCAGAUCUGGGUCUUCCCCAGGACUUAGAGAUGGGUCUGGGACUCCCUCAAGGCACAGCUUAUCUGGAUCUUCUCCUGGAAUGAAAGAUAUACCCAGAACACCAUCCAGGGGGAGAAGCGAAUGUGAUUCUUCCCCAGAACCAAAAGCUUUGCCUCAGACUCCUAGGCCAAGGAGUCAUUCUCCAUCAUCCCCAGAACUCAGUAAGUGUCUUACACCCCAGAGAGAAAGAAGUGGGUCAGAAUCAUCAGUUGAACAAAAGACUUUGGUUGGGACUCCUCUUGGGCAGCGGAGUGGAUCUGGAUCUCCAGAACUUGAUGAGAAACCUAGUACAUCCCCUCAAGACAGAAGUGAAUCAGACUCCUCUCCAGAUUCUAAAGUUAAGACACAAAUGCCACUUAGACAAAGGAGCCAUUCUGGAUCAUCUCCAGAGGUUGAUAGCAAAUUCCGACCUUCUCCUCAGCUCAGUAGGUCUGGUUCAUCCCCUGAAGUUAAAGAUAAGCCAAGAGCAGCAUCCAGGGCACAAAGUG